AUGUGCGCGUUCAUCGCACCCGUAGCCGAUGACGCCGUCACCAAGCUACAGAAUCUCAUGCAAAAUACCCUUUACAGUAUUGCGGAUAUAACGUUCACAUUAGCACCUGAGAAGGCGCGGGAGUUCCAGGAGGAAUGCGCUCGGCAGGGUGUCGAACUGCCGGCAGAAGGCGCGGCGCCGCCGGCCGCCGCUGAAGCAGCUUCUGAGAGCACACCAGCUGAAGAGACAUACGACAAUGCAGCACCUGGGUCCAUCAUGGAUCGCGUCAACCGCCUAGGGUUGUUGAACGAUCACUUCCAAGCCACCAUCGAUGAGCUUCCUGACCUUCGAACCACUAGGGAACAGGUCGUAAACGACGUGAAGCUACUUCAUGAAGAGUGCGAGCGCGCCGGCGAGGAGCUAAAAUCGCUCUACGCCGAGUUCGAUUCGGCCUUCCGUCUGCUGCGUACACAAAUUGACAACGACAUGCAGCCUCAACAACAACAAGAUUAG